UGAACCAGAAUGCAGCAGGUUUAAGUAGCAGGCGUUAGUGUUUUUACUCGCGCGCAGUGAUGGGCUCGGUCACAUCGGCUCUGACCAGAACCCGCAACACUCUGGUGAAGGUGGGAUCGGAGCCGCAGCGCGAGGCGCACCCGGAACCAGAACCAGACCCGAACCUGGGCGCGGACGGAGAUUUGGGUCACGCGCAGCGCACGAGCGUCCGCGGAGUUUUCCCGGGCCGGCGCAAGAACAAGGCGCGCGCCAAGACGUCAGCACCAGAGGUGCCGCACGCGCAGGACGUAGGCACCGAGGCGCAAACGCAGAGCACCACAGAAGACGUGGCUAAUGAAGAUGGAGAAAGCAACAGCAGGCCACCAGCGACGUUUGCACGGUCCAAGUCCCAGAAUGCACUGUGGAACGCCAUCACAUCUGGGUUGGGAGUCAAGGAAAAAGAAAAGGAUCAGAAGAGCAUCAUAGAUGACCCACGCAACCCGGAGGAGAUACUGGCUGAGGAGUUUCCUUCUGUAGACAGUCCAGAUGCUACGGAGAAAGCCGCCAUCAGAUUGCGGUGUUUGGUGAAACAGCUGGAGCGAGGUGAAGCGUCCCUGAUUGACCUGAAGAAGAACCUCGAAUAUGCAGCCUCGGUGCUCGAAUCCGUCUACAUCGAAGAGACGAGGCGGUUGGUGGACACGGAAGAUGAGCUCAGCGAUAUCCAGUCGGACUCGGUGCCAUCAGAGGUGCGUGAUUGGCUGGCCUCCACCUUCACGCGUCAGAUGGGGCUGAUGCUGAGACGGACGGAGGAGAAGCCGCGGUUCCGCAGCAUCGUACACGCCGUGCAGGCUGGGAUAUUCGUGGAGAGAAUGUACAGGCGGACCUCCAACAUGGUUGGCUUAAGCUACCCUGCAUCAGUCAUAACUGUGCUCAAGCAUGUAGACAAGUGGACUUUUGAUGUGUUUGCGUUGAAUGAAUCAAGUGGGGACCACGCACUGAAAUUUAUCUUCUAUGAACUUCUCACCAGAUAUGACCUCAUCAGCCGAUUCAAGAUUCCCAUCUCGGCUCUGGUGUCCUUCGUGGAGGCUUUGGAAGUGGGAUACAGCAAGCAUAAAAACCCGUAUCACAAUCUCAUCCACGCUGCGGACGUCACGCAGACCGUACACUACUUAAUGCUCAAGACUGGCAUGGUGCAUUGGAUGACGGAGUUGGAGAUCUUCGCCCUGAUCUUCGCUGCAGCAGUACACGACUACGAGCACACUGGAACCACAAACAACUUCCACAUCCAGACCAGGUCAGACACAGCGAUCCUGUACAACGACCGCUCGGUGCUGGAGAGCCACCACGUCAGCGCAGCGUAUCGCCUCCUACAGGACGACGACGAGAUGAACAUCCUCUACAACCUGUCCAAAGAUGACUGGAGGGAGUUCAGGGCUCUGGUAGUGGAGAUGGUGUUGGCUACAGACAUGUCGUGUCAUUUCCAGCAAGUCAAAGCCAUGAAGAACUUCCUACAGCAACCAGAGGGAAUUGACAAACCGAAAGCACUUUCUCUGGUCUUACACACUGCUGAUAUCAGCCAUCCAGCCAAAAACUGGGACCUCCAUCACCGCUGGACCAGCUCACUGCUGGAGGAGUUCUUCAGACAGGGUGAUAAAGAGACAGAGCUGGGGUUGCCCUUCUCACCACUGUGUGACCGCAAGUCCACCAUGGUGGCUCAGUCUCAAAUCGGGUUCAUCGACUUCAUCGUCGUCCCCACGUUCACCGUCCUCACAGACAUGACGGAGAAGAUCGUGACACCGCUCAUCGACGAGGCAACACACUCCAGCCUUGCCGGCUUCCGCCGGUCGAGUCUCAGCAGCAUUUCCACGGCAGAAACAAAGCAGGCGAACGUGAACAGCCCGGCCUCAGAGAGCAGUGCUUCCCACAACUGCUCGCUGCUGGCUGUGGACUUGAAGAACUUCAAGGCCAAUUGGAAUGAGCAAGUCUUUCAGAACCGUGAGAGAUGGAAGGCUCGUGCUGCCAAAGAAACAGAGGAGAAAGCCAAACGCGAGGCUGAGGAGAUGGCUCAGCUGGAGGCAGGCCAGGAAGAGGCGGGGUCGGACCAGUCAGUACCAAAGAGUGAGGGAUCAGGACAGGAGCCAGAGCCUGGAGGGACGACGAGUGGUCCAAGCGAGACUGAAAAUGCAGAAAACACACCAAGAAUGCAGGGCAGCAAGCAACUACACAACGGCGAGGUGUCAGAGGAUGUGGCAUUACCAGGAAGUGAUGAUGGUGAGGACAAAGCUCUCAGAGAGACGGAAAAGGACUAGCGUGGGCGCUGGACAGAGUGCCUCUGCCUCUACUCAUGUCCUCCUGACAAUGUGUGUGUGCAUUGUGUGUUCUGAAGCUCCACAGCACCCUCCGCUGGAUAAACUUGUGCUUACACGUUUUAGGUUUUUUUUUUUGCUUCUUCUUCUGCUUUGUUCAUCCGGAAAGGCUUUUGAAUGCUCGCUGUGACUCCAUGGAAGUUCUUCAAGGCAGAUCUGUGGCUCGAUCGUGGAGAGUGUCAGUGUGUGAGGUGGCUGGGGGUCAGCCGCUGGGUAACUUCCUGUCUUAGACUCUCGUCUGUCAGUCUCGAUGCCUGGAGUGGCUGGGAAAUACACACAUACAAAAAUAAAAAGCUGCCGUCACGUUCAUUCUGUUAUUUUCUAUGGAAAGAAAACAUAGAGUGCCUUCCUCUAUUAACUGUCCAUCCACCACUUCUCUAUUUCUUACUUUCCUUCUUCCUUCUUUCCUUUUCAUAAGUGUCAGCGUAUUCGCUUGCCUUUUUGGUUAGAAGCGGAAGCUGACUCAGGUCGUUUCUGCUCUCUUAAUGCCUUUGCUUGAUCUCUUUCAUCAUAUAAACUUUAUUUAUUUGCCGCUUCCUGACUGCUCAGCAACCUCAUCCACAAAACAGCCUUCACCCCCCCCCCCCCCCGCCAACCCCCCCCCCCCCCCCACCUCCCCCCCUAAAUUUGCCAGAUGCUUUAUUGCACCACAUUACACAAGGAACUCAACUAGAGAGACUUAAUGCAUUUUAAAUAAAGUUAUUUAUAUACAUUCAUCAGACGAACGUACCAAACCAUUUUGCCUAAUUAAUAUUUGUUGCCUUAAUAAUAAAUAGUAUUUAUAUGUUACUUAUAUUUUUUCAGACUGCAUGCCAGCUACAAAUAGUACGUCAAAGUGACUGGACUUGUCCUAAUCUUGAAGGCAGGACGUUUUCAAAUGGAACGAAUGAUAUCGUUCGUCGGGAUAAAACACGACGAGUAAUAUAGUCAAUGUUAUGCGAGGAACAUUUUUAUUCCUCUUAUAACAAAGCUCUUAUAAUGGUUAUAAUCUGCCAACACUAACCAUUUAUAGAACAUUUAGAGGCAAGUUAAUCGUUUACAUUAUAGAAGCUCUAUAAACAGUCAUUCUGUCACCAGACUCCCCCCCCCCCCCCCCCCCCUCUUGUAGUUAAUAAGAACAAAAAAAAUGUAGCAUGUAAUGUUACCAAGAAACAGUCAAAAUGCAACGUUCUCUGUCCUUAGACUCUCUCAUGGUGGAAAACCUACUGACUGUUACAAAGCACUGAAACUGGAGACUCCUUCCCAAAAUGGUAAAUAGUCAUCACUUUAUCGAAGGCUUCUUCAUAUCAACCUGAUCUAAUGUUCCUUCUGACCAACCAGAUUCAAGAAUUCAACAGUGUUGUGGUAGAAAGUGAAAAUGUAGAAUACAGAAAAAAAAACUUUGCAAAGAAAGGUCCACCAAAAUACUUUCCAAAAAAAAAAAAGGUACUAUGAUGCUAGAUAUUGCUAGUAUUUCCUUCCCAGCCCUAUUUUUACGUUUACAGUCACUUUGACUUAUUAAGAUUAGAAUCAUUCGAUGUCCUGAACGUUUGCGAACCUUGAUAAACAUCUCACACAUGCUUAUAAUACAAGCUGCUACAUUUCCCAAGGCAGGGCACAUGUGUGAUCUUAUAUAAGGGUUUAAACUCCUUGAUCCUUUUCUGAUGGAAAAAAUAAGACACUUCAGAUUUAAUCAUGCGCGAUGAUAAUAAACAUUCUCAACAAACACUCGAAUAUAAUCCUGUUUCAUGGCUCUAGACUUUUGAGCGUGACAGUAUCCGUUUUUUUUGUAAAAAGAAGAAGAAAAAAAUGUGUCCGCUUAUAACCCAUAACCCAGCUUAUGACACAAGUGGAUUGGCUACACCAUCACUGGUUGUAAAUAGGGUUUGUGAUUUGAAAAAUACAACACUGUGUAUGUGUAUUUUACUGUAAAUGGACACCACUGCGAUCAAGCCUGAGCUUUUACGAAACAUGCUCAGAAAAAGUGGCAGUAUUUUCGAAUGAACCCCAUACACGUUGAUUCCACUUCUGGCUUUGGAACUGAGCAGGCAGUCACAUGGCAUGACAGUCAAUAGCAAAGUAUUACAGUCGGUCACAAUGCAGGACAGACAGUCGCACCACAUGGCAGUAGGUCAGUCACACCAUAGGACAUUCGGUCACACCACAGGACAGUCAAUUGCAGUGCAUGGCAGUCAUUCACACCAUAGGACACUUGGUCAGACAGUAAUUCACACCACAGGACAGUCAGUCACACAGCAGGACAGACAGUCGCACCACAUGACAGUGAGACACACAGCAGGACAGACAGUCCCACAGCGGGACAGACAGUCACAUAGCAGGACAGACAGUCACACAGCAGGACAGACAUUCAUACAGCAGGACAGACAGUCGUACCAUAGGACAGUCAGUCCCACAGCAGAACAGUCAGCAACACCACAUGACAGUCAGUCCACUCCAUGACAUUUGCGCCGCAUGAGUCAGUCGCACCACAAGGCAGUCAGUCAUACAGCAGGACAUUGAGGGUACCUGACAUUGAAGUCACCUGAUGAUGAACCUUACAAUAAACUGCCAAUCCUCAGAGAAUCCUCAUGAAAUUACUAGGGGGAGCUAUAGUGAGUCGCACAGCAGAACAGACAGUUACACCACAUGACACUCAGUCUCACAGCAGGACAGUCAGUGGCACCACAGGACAGUUGCACCACAUGAGUCAGUCACACAUUCGGAAAGUCAUUCACACCACAGGAAAGUGCAAGUGUCUGCUUGUCCAGUUACACAGAUAAAUUGUUAGCAGUAAUGACUAGGUUAUAUUAUAGCUGUAAAUAAGUGUAGAUUUUAACCAUACCACUGUGCAUUGUCUGCAAUAUCUACAAUGUGACGCAGUGAACUUCAACUUCUGAUACUCUAUUAUGUGAAAUACCUCUAAUACAGUCCUGUCCUUUUUUUUUUUCUUCUUUUCUUCUUCUUCUUUCAUUAUGCUGUCAGUGUUCUCCACUAGACUCAACAACCUCUCCUGUCCUCUCUGCUGAAUAUUCAUUUCAAACAAUCUUAUGCAUUUAAAAAACAACUACAAGUCAUAAUGUUGUAAUAACCCGGGGCUUGAUUUGUGAUACCUUUUGUGGUCAUUUGUGGUUUCCUAGAUUCAUUGUAUGUCAUUUUUUUUCUUAUUUCUCUACUUAUAUUCACAUGCCCCAAAUUAGCACCUGUAAAUAAAUGUAUAGUUUAGUUUAGUUGGAUUUUUAUUAUUAUUAUUAUUAUUAUUAUUAUUAUUUGUAUACUGUACACACACAUGACUAAAUGUAUGUAUAUUAUGUUUGAUUUUCUUCUUCUUCUGAGGUAAAUGAACAAAAUGUUAGCGCUUAA